AUGCAUCCUCACCCGCCAGGCGUCAGAAUGAUUACGCCGGAUCACUCGCUCACUUUCUCGAACCUCGCUUCGGUGAACUUCACCCUGUCGGAGCACACAUUACCGACGGCUCCCGAUGUCCGAAUGAUACAAGAUAUCCAGAACAACACGCUACCGGCGAGAAACGGGGAACAACUGAUGUCGUGGACGAAGGGGUGCUAUUUCGGGAAGAGUGGCCAGGAUGAUGUCGCGCUAUGCUGGCAGGACAUGGAAGCACUCCAGUCAUUCUGCGUUGGCAUCGAGUCGCCCGAACGAGGAUUCUUCAAGCCAAUCCAGUCACAUUACAAGACCAAAUACAACGACGGCACGACGAAUUCCCCGUGGGCUUUCCCAUCAGAUAACCCAUCAGACCCCUACACAUUUCCGAGCAGUAUGAAUUACCACAUUACGUAUGUCAAGAAAGGCAAAGCCGUAGUCCUCCCCGGCCUGGGUUUCCGACACGAAGUCAUCAUGCCGACGAGCUCAAUGCGAUGGGUCCAGACACAGCCCGAAGACAUGCUUAGCCCUACCGAAGCCUUUGCGGAGGUUGACCAAGUUCACUAUGCACUUGGAGAUUCGCGAUACGUCACCGACGCCUGGCAGGGGCAUCUGGUUAAGACAGACCUCAAUGCAGUGCUCGAGAACAUCUGCGCUGCGAUGAACAACGAGCUUGGCGCUGCAUUUGACAAGUGGUUUGGCACAAGUACAGAUUGGAAGGAGAUCGAUCUUUUUGCUUCCAUAAGAAUGGUGGUAGCUCAGGCAGCAGGGCGCUUUACCAUUGGUUUGCCAAUGUGCCGCAACGAGGAGUACAUCAACGUGAACUACCAGAUCAUUGAUCAACUCAUUACGAACGCGGGAGCCUGCGGCGGAAGUCCCAGAAUACUGCGGCCGCUCAUGGGGGUUCUGGUCAACCUGCCUAUUCACAACAGGAUCAGGAAACUGCGGAACAUGUUCGAACCCAUCUGGAAUGAGCGCGUCGAGAGCUUGAAGUACGACAAGGACGACCCGGUACAUCCUCAGCCUCAAGACCAUUUGCAAAUGAUGGCAAGAUACGCCCAAAAGUAUCGGGUUGAGGAGUUCAACAGUCUCGACUGCAUGACCAAGCGUCUCAUCGCCGCAAACUUCGGCUCGAUGCACCAAACCAGCAUCCAGGCUACGAAUAUGCUACUCAACAUUAUCGCAUCCGACUCGGAGUUCAACACUGUUGCCAUCUUACGAGACGAAGUCAGCCGGAUUCUGUACGAAGACGGUGGCGACAGCUGGACAAAGGCGAAGGUCAGCAAGAUGGUCAAAGCAGACAGCGUUGCCCGCGAGACUCUCCGCCUCAACUCAUUCGGUGGGCGCGCGCUAUUCCGUAAGGUCAUGGUCGACGGCUUCAAGGGACCGGAUGGUACGCACUUGCCCAAGAAUACUCUGAUCUCCUUCUUGGGCCAGCCGGCUGCCACCGAUGGCGAGACUUUCGAAGAUCCCCUCAAGUACGACCCGUUUCGGUUUUCCCGGAUACGUGAGGAUGCGGCUGCCAAGGACGAGAAGGCUCCUCCAAUCAGCUUCGUCACGACCGGCCCCGAGUAUCUUCCCUUUGGUCACGGGAAGCAUGCGUGUCCAGGUCGGUUCCUGAUUGACUUUGAGCUGAAGAUGAUCAUUGCCUACGUUCUGGGGCACUACGACAUUGAGUUUCCACCCGAAUACAACGGCCAGCGACCACCGAACUAUUGGCUGACGGAAGCUUUGUUCCCGCCCGAUAAUGCGAAGAUUAGGAUUAGGAGGAAAACGAAGGCAUAA